UAUGUGUCAUUUUUAGAGGUCAUUUUUGUCAAUGUCAAAUCUUAAAACAAAACAACAAUUUGGCGUGUAUUUACGUUGAUUUACGUCUAUGAAGUAUUUAUUAAUAGCUAAAAUUCGCGAGUAUAUCAUGGAGCAACUACAGCCUCAUGUGAAAAACAUUAAAAUACCGACUGAAAACGACAAAGUUUACAAAGACGAGUGUGUCUACUCGUUCGAUAGUCCCGAAAGCCCAACCGGAUUGUAUAUUGGUUUAACCACGUUCAUUGGCCUAGGCCGGAAUCACGUCGAGAGGCAUUUUAAAAAGACUGGCGAGGCUGUGUAUUUACAUUUGAAGAGGAUAUGUAGAGAGGUUUCAUCACCAACACAGGGCGAUGGUCCGGAAAAGAAAAUCACCCGCCUGGCCAUCGGCGUGGAGGGGGGUUUCGAUCCCGAAUCGGGGAAGAAGAAGUUUGAGUUUGAGGAUAGCUAUAAGAUUGUUAUUUUGCCGGGAUUUCUGGAGAUUUCGUGGCCUAAGUUGGAAUUUCCAGAAGUAGUACUUCUCUCAGUCAAAGCAAUAAUCGACUUACCUUCGGCGAGCAAAUUGGCAGAAUUAGAGGCGCUGAGCGGGACGUGGGACGGCGAGACGAGGCAAGUCUCCAAACACGCCCAGAGCCUGGUCCAGCUGGAGAACGGUAAAAAAAUCCCGCCUACAGGGUGGACAUGCGAAAAGUGCGACAAGACUGAGAACCUGUGGCUGAAUUUGAGCGACGGCUCUGUGCUUUGCGGUCGGAAGUUUUUCGACGGCUCUGGGGGCAACAAUCACGCUAUAGAACACUACAGCGUGACCAAUUAUCCGUUGGCGGUGAAACUGGGUACCAUUACCAAAGACGGCAAGGCCGACGUGUUCAGUUAUAGCGAGGACGAUAUGGUGGAGGAUCCGUUGUUGGCUCAGCACUUGCAACAUUUCGGUAUAAACAUUUCACAAAUGGAGAAAACCGAGAAAUCUAUGGUCGAAUUGGAGUUGGAGCUGAAUCAGAAAACCAACGAAUGGUCUGCUCUGUGUGAAAGCGGUGGCAAGCUCAAACCCAUCUACGGUCCGGGUUAUACGGGGAUGCAAAAUAUGGGAAAUUCGUGUUAUUUGAACAGUAUUAUGCAGGUUAUAUACAGGAUUCCCGAUUUUGUUUCGAAGUACUUUGAAGGAUGCGAAGGGAUAUUUGACAAGGCUUGUGGUAACCCAGCUGAGGAUUUUUCUGUACAAAUGGCUAAAUUAGCAUAUGGGCUGCUUUCCGGUGAUUAUUCUGUACCUCCAGACUCUGGAGUGCCCGUUGAUGCCGAUCCUCCCGGUAUAACUCCACACAUGUUCAAAACGUUGGUGGGAAAAGGCCAUCCAGAAUUUUCCACCAAAAAACAGCAGGAUGUCCAAGAGUUUUUGUUACAUCUGCUCACAUUGUUGGAACGGCACAAUAACAACAGUUUCAACCCUGGCGAGUGUUUCAAAUUCGAAGUGGAGGAACGUUUUCAGUGUGGCCAAAGUAAAAUGGUGAAGUACAUCACUAGGAGCGAGGUCUGUCUGAGUUUAAACAUUCCUAUGGACGCGGCAAUCAACAAGGAGGAGGUGGCGAAUUAUGAAGCAAGGAAAUCAGAGGCAGAAUCUCACGGUAAAAGAUUAGAUCCUGAAUCGAUUGUUAGACCAAAGAUUAAAUUUUUCUCCUGCCUGGAGUCUUUCACACAGUCCGAAGUUAUCAACAGUUUCUUCAGUUCGGCUGUCAACGGCAACGUUUCUGCCAGAAAAACGACGAGAUUGGCAACUUUCCCGGACUAUUUGGUGAUCCAACUGAAAAAAUUCACUCUGAGGGAGGACUGGGUGCCGAUAAAGUUGGACGUUUCCGUGGAAAUGCCCGAUGUGUUGGAUAUUUCAGUUCUGAGAGGUACAGGACCGCAGCCCGGGGAAGAGCUCCUACCCGAGCCCGACACUGCGCCUCCCGCGCCUCAAUUCGAUGAGGCUGUGCUAGCUCAGCUCUGCGACAUGGGUUUCCCGUUAGAAUCCUGUAAAAGAGCCCUAUACCAAACGGGAAACAAAGGCGUGGAAGUGGCGACGGCCUGGAUCAUGGAGCACAUUACCGAUCCCGAUUUCACGGAUCCUUUCAUCCCGCCCGGCACGGAACCAUCCAAGUCCUCGUUCGCGCCGAACCCGGAAGCGUUGGCCACGAUUAUUUCCAUGGGAUUCACGGAGAACCAGGCGUCCAAGGCGCUGAAGAACACGGAUAACAACGUGGAACGGGCCAUGGACUGGAUUUUUUCGCACGUCGACGAUAUGGAUACGGAGGAGAACGAUGAGGCGGCGGCGGCGACGGCGAGUCACAGGCCUAAAUUCAGGGAUGGGAAUGGCAAAUAUAAGUUAAUAGCGUUCAUCUCCCACAUGGGAACGUCCACGAUGGUAGGCCACUACGUUGCCCACAUUCAAAAGGAAGGGCAGUGGGUCAUCUUCAACGACAGCAAAGUUGCCCUGUCCGAACAUCCGCCCAAAGACCUAGGUUACCUGUAUAUUUACGAACGGCUCUAAAUAAUGUACGAAAAUAUACGGUUCGAAAUAAAGCUAAUAGAACAUGGAGGUUUAUUUAUGCUUGGUUUGUGCGAAUUAAUGUUUUAGAAGUAAUAUGGAUUGAAUAAAGUAAAGUAAUUACCUCGAAGAGGUUUUAUAUGGUUUCUAUAUUGUGUUUUUGAUGAUUUUCUGUAAUAAACUACGUUUUGAUAGU